CGGUGGUCUUGUUUGGAGAGUGCUCUCGAUCGCCAAGCAGCAGAGGUGUUCGGUGCUGGAUAUUGGCUGAGUAUCGUCGCCGCUCAAGUCUCGCGCUUCGCUUCACCGCCGCUUAGCGACUUUCAAUUGGAGGAGGAGCGACCGGGACUUCAGUAACGAAGAUGCUUGCCGUUACGUCUCUUCUAAUCGUUGGGCUGGCCAGCUGUGCCUUGGCAGGCCCAACCACGAAAACACCAGCCGGCUGCACCAACGAGAGCUUUGAGAAGUGCGGCACCGACCUGAUCCUCUUCGCAGGAGGGCCGGUCAUUCCCACCAACAAAGAUCAGCUGGUCACGUCCUGCCCGAAGGAGAAAGCGUCGGAGAAGUGUGCCCGGGCGUAUUCGACCAAGUGCCUCGCUCGGUUCCCUCGGGGCAUGGUCAUGCUUCUGCUCGACGGUAUCCGCAACGAGGUCAACGCCAAGUGCAACACCACCAGCCCGAGCGGAAAGGAAUACCUGAAGCAUGCGGCGUGCCUUAACACCAACGGCGCACGCCUGCACCAGUGCAUGAGAGACCUUACACUGGUGCUGGAUCAGAGCGUCGACGCACCACAGAAGAGCCGCCUGGCACUAUCCUGCUGCUCAUUCAACACGUACAGGACCUGCAUGACGGAAUCUGUGAAAGGAGUGUGCGAGAGUUCAACCUCGGCGUACGUGGACAAGCUAAUCACCGGAUACGCUGGUGACUUGCUUGACACUGUGUGCGCCAACUACAAGACUGGAUCGGAUGCCUGCAAGACACUGCCGUCCUUGCCGAAAUCAACCAAGACAGGAAGGUCUUCGUCACUGCUGUCCCCACUGGCGCGAAUUGUAACCAGCUUGAACGGAUGAACCGGUCAUUGUGGCGUGUCGAGGCACGACGUUCUGAAUUGAUAUGCUUCUGUAGCCAGAGGUGACGCCAUCACAGAUCACGAUUGGUUACAGUAUGGUAUAGAGCUUACGAAAAUGUUCAUAGCAUAGUUCUUUUAUAUUUGGGUGUGUGUGUAUAAAGUGAGAGAAAGAAACAUGUCAGGCACGCGACUCAAAACGCGGUUACUGAAAACAACGAAGACUGCAAGAAGGAAGACUGCGUUCCAUCAACAUAGUACUUUUCUUAUUUUUUUCGGCCGCACCAUUAUUUGGAAGCAAUGUGAAACUUUAUUGCCGAAGUCAACCAUAUAUGCAAAGUCUGCUAUCAUAUAUGCAAGGCCUGUAUACAAACACGACAGCACUAAGAAAAGUAUGAGCUUUUGCACUACCUUUGCUGCAGCAAGAUGGCGAUCGGUGGGCGAGUUCAAACAAGUUCGUUUAAAGUGAAUGUAUGCUACACUUUGAAGUUUUUUGUAUAAUAUGCUACGUUCGUAUGCCGUUGACCUUCAAAAUGUCUUACGUAGCGCGUUAUUGUGAAAAUAAAGACGAAAGCAAUAGCUAUUUCUUUGCAACAACAAGAACAACAAUAAAAAUACCAUAGAAAUAGCUUGUGAAAAUUUGUCAAAAUUUGUCCCUCAACUUCGUGACAUGUGGGAGAAACAUAUAGUGGUAGACUGUAGAUGAACUGGUGAAAGUGAUCAUGGCUUGCCAAACCGAACUAUGUGAAAGAAAGCAAACGAAAGUGAAUUUUGAGAAUAUACUCUUGUAAGCAAAAUUCUGAUUAACCAGAACAAAUAAUAAUGUCAUAGAUGAAUUCACUAAGCUUUGCUAUCGCAUCGCCUAUUCCAUUAGUUUAUACACUUUUGUUUAGAAAAUCGCGCACAUGGAGGACUUCCACCUGUUCAGUUGAAAUACUUAAAGAGCUUGACAUUAUUUGCACGACAGGAAACCGUGCGGUAUGAAAUGCCAGCAAGGUAUAAGACCUGGCUUCGAAGGCAGAGGCUUCCCUCACAAUUCUGGGAUUCACUCCGGUCACCAUUCAGGACCUUUUUACUUAGCGUGUGCACUGAAAUGAACUAGUUUCGGAAUAUCCGUGCUAACUACAGGCGUCGAUUGCAGUGGCGUUCCCGGUGUUAAAUUGUAAACAAACUUUCUGUGCGCUUUGUCGGACAAAAGCACCGGUAAUGCCAGUUUAUAUCGUGGAAGAUUUUGAGGGAAGAUAUAGGACAGGUGCUUGAGCGAUUCCUUCCAAUUGGCAAGCCUUGAAAACUGUCGCUAUUCAAUUCUAAUAUGACAAGUAUGGCGUAAGACAAAUUUAUCGUAAAGUUGAUUAGCGAUACUUCGUCGAUGAGACAACUUCACUUUGGUGAUUUCUCGCGCAAGUAAUUUCUUACUUUGACGCGGAGAGUGCGAGGAAAUCUCGCCUGGUCAGGGAAAUUCACGGAAAAAUCAAGAAAACGGACGCAGACCAAGAUGAGGAAAUUGUUAAAGAUUGGGCGUUUCAGAAUCAAGGCUCUCGUGAUUUCACGCAAAGAACGGGGGCCGUGUAUAGGCCGAAACAUCACGUUUUCAAUAAUUUCUUCAUCUUAGUCUGGGCCGCUUUUCUUUUCUUCAAUUUCCUAAUUUUGAAGUAGGUUAACUUAAUCGGCGGAAUUAAGCCACCUGCGAAAAGUACAUUCCGAAAUAGACUAUACAGUCUAAGAACACAAAUCGGGUACGUAAAUUUGACUGCACAUGUGACCACGAUCACUAAAUUGUACGCACGCCAACGAGCUAAAGGGGAUAGAUAAUGAGAGAGCUUUAGGAUAUAUGGGAGCCUAUAGCUACAUGUACUCAAAGAAACACAACGCAAACCCCUCAUGGGGUAUGCGGUUGCGUCUGACCAAUGCGUGAAAUUAGGGCGCUGUCGUGCCCAUGGAAUGCCCACUGCGUCAGGAUGUUUAAAAGCUGCGAAACGAAAAAAGGGCGAAGACGAGAAGGCGACACGCAAGGGCGCUGCAUUCGACUACCUACACCCGUAAAACGACGUAGUUCUCGUCUUGUCCUCUUGCAGGGUAGCAAACCGGACGUUCGUCUGGUUAACUUGCCUUGCAUUUCCUUGUGUGUAUCUCUCUUUCGUCUGAUCCUUCGUCUGUUCGCGCUCUUAACCGUUCAUUUCGCUUGAUUUAUUCGUUAACACGUCCCUUUUAGAUUGUCUAAAAACAGAUUACAAAUGGAGAAAUGAACAGGAGGGUGGCAGACAGUAGAAUAAGAGGGAAACGAUCGACAAUUCGAAGAACGGUAACUAGAAUAAACAAGCAAUUUAUUUUUACGGAGCCUCGACGGAGGGUAGGGGGGUCUACUUUGUACCUUCAUCUUACCUUCAUGCAGGUGGCGAUUUGCCCUGUCAUGAAACUUCCAGCGCUUCGUGGGUUUUAGCGGAACUUAUGUGCUUACUUAAUGUUCCCGUAUUUAAGUUUAUCGAUUAUUUCGCUAUCCCCAUACUAUCUGUCAGCCUCGUUACCGCAAUUGGCAGGGCGACUUUUCCGGUGACAUGGUGGUAAACAAGCUGAUCUCGGAAGGAGGACAAGUUUUCCUUUGACAUCUAAGCUUCAUUACAGCAGAUCAUUCUUGGGGGGACAAACCAUGUAGGUAUAUUUUGCAGCCUCUGAAAUCUUUAUGGCGGAUGCCAAUUUCUCUCGUUUACGUGCCCUAAGUAUUUAGGUCCCACAUCCCGAAGCUCUCUUAUGUUCAGAACUUAAGGAUAGAGUUGCGAUACCUAUUCUACUAGCGCACUUGGUAUAACAUAAUUUAGCUCCAGAACAUUUCUGCGUGUAGCAUUUUUGUUUUCAAUUUAUCGUAUAAAUAUUCGGCCGCAGUGAGAUCAUCGUUCUUUACACGCAUCAGUCACGACUUGCUUGCAUUGUGUUUACAGAGACCUACUCCGUUGAAACUUAACUCAUUUGUGGUUUAAAAAGAGCACUGGGGCCAUAUUUCGCAACAAUUUUUUUUCAUCUACUGUUUUCGUUCAUUAUCCUCCGUCCCGCCCAGUGGCCGAAACCGAUGACAAUGGAGGCGUGGCUGCAUGAAAAUCUACGACAAAGGGCCAAAAAGAAAAGAAACUGAAAUUAAUCUGUUCAGAAUAUGACCCCCUGGUGCUAUUUCUACGCAUUUUAAUGGACUAAUCAUGUUCCCUGCCAACCUAGAGUUUUCAGUUGCUACGUUAUUGCUUCAUCGCAUCUGUACCGAGUAGCAAGUGCAGCAUAUCUAUGUUACCGGGAAGCCGCUCAAUUGUAAAGCGCUUUAAAAAGGACAAUGUAGCAGAAGCAACUAAUAUUUGCUGUUAUAUUGCCCAGGUUGUCACAUGUCAACACUGUUUCUGAAUACCAAACCGGCCUAGCGAAAUUCUUCCCAUUGCCAGUGGCAGCGUCAGUUUUCUUACGAAUAACUGCAUUAUCCAUCAUCAUCACGGAAGCACCGAAUAUCAGCAGUAAUACGCAUAAUGCGCUUGGCGUGCUCACGAUACAUGGAGGUCGGAGGCGUCAGUAUACAGUGCGAUUUCGAUUGAUGACUGUGAGCUUCAAUGUCAAUACUCUGGGAUAUAUUGCACUUACGUAUAUGUAUUAUUUGGAAAUAAAGGUGCCUGUACGGAACCCAC